AUGGAUCAAUCGCUGAUCGACCGCAUUGUCGAGGGUGCCCUGCUGGCCUCCAGCCAGCCGCUCACCCUGGCCCAGCUGAAGGACCUGUUCCCGGAAGAGGAACCGGCACCGCCGGGCAGCAUCGAACGUGCGCUGGAACGCCUGCGGGAAGCCUGCGCAGGCCGCGGCGUGGAACUGGUCGAGGUCGCCUCCGGCUUCCGCUACCAGGUCACCGGCGAAGUGCAUGGCUGGAUCAGCCGGCUGUGGACCGAACGCAAGACCCGCUACACCCGUGCCACCCUGGAAACCCUGGCGCUGAUCGCCUACCGGCAGCCGAUCACCCGCGGCGAGAUCGAACAGGUGCGUGGCGUGGCGGUCAGCAGCAACAUCAUCCAGGCGCUGGAAGAGCGCGAGUGGAUCCGCGUGGUCGGCCACCGCGACGUACCCGGCAAGCCGGCCCUGUUCGGUACCACCAAGGGCUUCCUGGACUACUUCGGCCUGAAGCGCCUGGACGAACUGCCGCCGUUGUCGGAAUUGAAGGACCUGGGCGAGCUGGACCCCCAGCUGGCCCUGGACCGCGGCGUACCGGCCGCCGCCGGUGCUGACGGUCCGGACAUCUCGGCCGGCGCCGAUGGCGCUGCCGCAAACGAUGAUGCCGGCAGUUCCGGCAGUGACACCCCCGAUUCCGCCGAUGCAGCCCCUGCCUCGGCCUCCGAUGAGCAAGCACCUUCGCCCUUCGAUGAUGGGCAUCCCGAUUCCGCGCCGGGCGAGCGCGCGGUGCCAGUGAACGAACGCGAAGACAACGCCGUCGCGAUGACGACCGUGGCUGUUGACCAAGCCGAUUCCGAACCAGAGGCCGACCUCGAAACCCGCGAAGCCACCUCCGAACAGUUCAAGUUGGAAGAACGCCUGCACAAGGUGCUGGCCCAGGCCGGCCUUGGCUCGCGCCGCGCGCUGGAACAGCGCAUUGCCGAAGGCCUGAUCAAGGUCAACGGUGAAGUCGCGCAGACCGGCAUGUCGGUCAAGAGCGGCGACAAGAUCGAGAUGGACGGCCGCGGCUUCGUCGCCACCGCCCUGGCCGAGCCGUCGCGCGUGCUGGUCUACAACAAGCCGGAAGGCGAAGUGACCACCCGCGAAGACCCCGAAGGCCGCCCGACCGUAUUCGAAUCGCUGCCGCCGCUGAAGGGCGCGCGCUGGAUCGCGAUCGGCCGCCUCGACAUCAACACCACCGGCCUGCUGCUGGCCACCACCGACGGUGAGCUGGCCAACGCCAUGAUGCACCCGUCGUUCGAGGUCGAGCGCGAGUACGUGGUGCGCGUGCGCGCCCCGGAAGGCGAGGAAAAGGUCUCCGACGCCAUCGUCGACCGCCUCUCCCGCGGCGUUGCACUGGAAGACGGCCCGGCCAAGUUCGACGAGAUCGAGCGCAUCGGCGGCACGGAUUCGCACGACUGGUUCCGCGUCGUGGUGAAGGAAGGCCGCAACCGCGAAGUGCGCCGCCUGUGGGAAUCGCAGGGCUGCCAGGUCAGCCGCCUGAAGCGUACCCGCUAUGGCAAGGUCAGCCUGCCGCGCGAACUGGCCCGCGGUCAUUCAGUGGAACUGGGUACCGCCCAGGUGGAAGCCCUGCGCGCGCAGCUGAAGCUGGAAGAAGGCGCGCCGUCGGCACUGACGCUGCAGCCGGUGAUCGGCCAGCGCCGCGCCGCCAAGACCACCGUGCGCGUGCGCGAGGGUGGCCGUGGCAAUGCCUACGUCAACGGCCACAACACCGCUGAUGAAGGCCGCGAGCUGCGUCGCUUCGACAACGUCCGCGAAGAUCGCGGCCGUGGUCGCGGUGGCAAGGGCGGCGGUUUCAAGGGCGGCCUGACGGUCAGCGGUGAAGCCGCGGCCAAGCAGUCGCAGAAGCCGUUCAAGCAGCGCGCGCAGAAGAACGACCGUUCGCUGCCGGAAGGCAAUCCGGCGGCAUUCCGCACCUGGUACGUGCCGGAUGGCGUGAGCACCGGCCCGAGCGGCCAUCGCAACGCCGGUCCGGGCGCGCGUGGCCCGGGUGCCCGUGGUCCGGGUGCAGGCGGCCAGGGCCGUCCGUACGGCAAGCCGAAGGGUCCGGGCGCAGGCGCCGGUGGCGGCCAGGGCCGUGGCGGUUUCGGUGGUGAAGGCCGUGGUGGCGCCGGUGGCGGCCAGGGUCGUCCGGCCGGCGCGGGCAACCGCUCGCAGGGCCAGGGCAACAAGCACCCGUACGGCCAUCCGGGCAAUGCCCCCAGCUUCCCGUCCGAUCACGCGACCCCGGGCUUCAACCCGUAUGGCAGCCCGAAGCCGGCACACGGCGCCCGUCCGGGCGGCCGUGGUCCGGGCGGCGGCAACAACCGUGGCCCGGGUGGCAAUCGUGGUCCCGGUGGUCCGGGUGGCAACCGUGGCCCGGGUGGCCCCGGCGGCAACCGCGGUCCGGGCGGCCCGCGCCGCAGCGGCCCGCGCGGCGGCUGA